AUGGAAAAGUUUGCUUCUAAUACUUUUAGUGCUAACAAUUCGCAAGAGUUAUGGGACGAACAACAAAGUAGAAAUGGCCACAUUGGAAGACAUAAUGAUAACCAAAAUGAUAUUGGCUGUAGUCAGUAUUUAUCAGAAGAAGAACGUAGCAAAUAUAAACACCAAUAUACUGCACCUAAAAUUUCGUCGCACUAUAUAUCAACAGUUGCGAACACUCGAUAUAAAGAAGCCCCAGGAGCGAAAAGAAUAAGAAACGAAGCAAAGCUGAAAAAGUAUUAUAGACUGAAAAAUGUAUCAAUCUAUCCAUCAGGAACUACUUUCAGCACAUCCGAUAGUGUUGGUGAUGCACCAACGGGGUCACAAUUAAGUUCCGACAUCGAAGGGUCUUUCAUGCCUAGGAAAUCUGUUGGUUUAGAACAAAGGCAAAGACAACAGGUGCCACAUUGGGCACAAAAAGGGGAAGAUUCUGGGAGGUUUGAUAUAUUUGAUAAUUUCGAAAAUGAAGGACAGCCGGACGUUCUGGAGUCCAUGAUGUCUUAUCUUAAUUACCACGAUAAACUCUCUACAGUAGUUAGAGAUACCGACUAUCAAUUUAGCCGGAAUAUGAUGUGGGUACCGAAGGUUGAUGAUGUACGCAAGGAUGGUAGUAAGAGUGCCGAGUCUGAUCUAGUUCAGCGUCUGUAUAGAGCCGAGCAUCAGAGUACCGAUGAAAGUCCUCCUGGAGAGGCAACAACUGAAAAUAGUUCAACCGAAGACAUUUCAAAUCAAAACUUGUUUUGUGGAACUGCUGUUAAUAUACCAAUUUUUGGAGAUACAAAGCUCCCUUGUCUUGUGUAUCAUAGUGUUGUGGAAUUGAAAAACAUCAUGUAUUUAUUCGGAGGUUUACAACCCUGCUACCAAUCCAAUGAGGAGGCUCCUAACUUGGACGAUUUCCAUGUUGAUGGGAUAGAAAAUAUUCCACCGCCUAUAAAUCCUGCGUUCUUGAACAAUCCUGCAAUGAUUGCGAACAAAAGUCUUUAUGUAUUUUCGUGCAAUAGGUUUACGUUGAAGAGACCUAAAUUAUCAGGCCAAAUACCUCCCCCUUUACUCUGUGCUAAGACGACAAAGCUUACAGACCGAUAUUUAUUCCAUUAUGGGGGAUUCGAGAUUUGGAAUGAUACUAUAAUAGAGGAAGAGACCGGUCAGUACUACCUAAAGAGAAGGUUGUUCCCAAACAGCGCUGCUUAUAUACUGGAUACGCAAGUUUUCAAGUUUGUGAAAAUUGAGCUCGUAAGCCAGCAAACCAGAUUUUUGACGCUUAGACCUACGAUUGCGAGGUUUGGUCAUGCACAGGUUUCACUGAAGCUGAAUUCAACUAAUGGCGCGGCAAAGACCGGUGAAAAUGACGAAGGUAAAAGUAGUGCCAGCUCAAUAAAAACAGGAACCGCCUCGUAUUUUAGUUCAACUGAUGACUCUUUACACGGUCAGGGUUCAGACAAUGGACAAAACAAAUCAUCGAAUAGUGCUAACUCACAGAUAUUCACGGUGAUACUAAUGGGCGGCUAUGGUCAGACGAAUGAUAACACUUUUCAGGCACUUAAUGAUUUAUGGAAGAUAGACUUAUGCGUUGUAUCUCGCGGUAAACGAGGUUAUUUUAAAUUCGCGGACACUGCCAUAGCUACCUUAAUAGCGAAACCGUCCGACCCAGACAAAAAGUGGCCCGCAGCAAGGGGGUUCAUGGCAGCCUGCAUAUCCGAAACCAAACCUAUGAGUAACAUACCACUUAUAGAAGGGCUACUGCAAGAAAUAAAGGAGAUUAGCAACUUAGAGCCUGCCCAGAGUGAAAAUGAGAGCCAACCCGCAUUCAGCGGCGUUCCCUUCGGACAUAAGAACUGGAAACCAUCUGCCACUCCUGAGACAGAAAAGUCCCAGAAAAACACAAAUGACUGUACUGCUCCAUGCCUGGUCAUCCAUGGUGGGUCGAAUCAUAACAGCGCCUACGGCGAUAUGUGGUGGUUCGACUUCGAGGACGAAAAGUGGUCCCAACUACCCUUAUAUGUUAAAAACAGUAAAUCAAAAGAAAAAUCAAUUGCAUAUCUUCCACUGGUAGGGCAUACGAUUCUCCAACUUAGGGAUACUUUUCACUUCUUAGGAGGACUUCACCAAAGCGAUAUCGAUAAGUUAUACAAAGGAGGACAAGCACCUCCAAUAAAAAACGAGGGCAUACAGUGUAAAGUUGAGAACACAGCGGCCAUAUUAGACCUUUCGAGCAUGCUACUGAAGGGCCUAAUCUUCAACAAAGCCAACCCUAAUAUUUUCAGACAGCACUUAAAAGUUACAGCAACCACCGCAAUAUACGCUCAAACUCAUAUUUGGCUAAUUGGGGGUGCUUCAAUGUCUACAGAGGAUGACUGUGAGCAACAACUACGUGGCAGUAUUAGUGAGCUUGUCGCACCCUUAGCGGAAGGUGACAUUAAUUAA